AUUGACAUUCCUGAGCGGCACAAACAAACCGAUUCUGUCAACCUAGUGUCAACACACAAACAAUGAAUGAGUGAACGUUUUACUCUUGUUUUGUGCACAAAUUCUGAUAGCCUGCCACUUGAAGUAUGUUUGACCUUUCUUCCUCUGCGUUUCAUGCACGCUCUUAACAAAAUACUAUGUCAAGUGAAAAGCAAAUAUUUGCGUUAACGCAACCCCAUGGCUCUGGUGAGCUUUUAUUUUCCUGGCAACCUGGGAGUGGCAUUUACUUGGCAACAGCAGGCAGCGAUCAGUCAGUUGCCAUUCACAAUCGAAAUGGAAAAUUGGUUGAAAGAAUACGUCUCCGUGGGAUCUGUUGUGGGCUUGGUUGGGACUCUGAUGGGGAUCUCCUCGCCAUGAUUUCAACUGAGGCUCCUCUCAUUGUUCUGUGGGAUGCCAACACAGGACGUAAACACCAAGUCGACAGUGGGCUUCGAGACACGUUGAGUUGUCUUUUAUGGUCUAAGACUAAUCCUAUUCUUGCCAUUGGUUCUACCAAAGGAAAUUUGACCAUUUACAAUCACUCAUCUGUCAAGAGAAUACCAAUUCUUGGCAAGCACAGCAAACGCAUAGUGUGUGGAGGUUGGAGUCGGGAAGGCCUGCUUGCUCUUGGUUCUGAGGAUAAAUCCCUCUCUAUCAACAAUGCUGAGGGAGAUACUUUGAGAAUAAUUAAUUUGAGAGCAGAGCCAUCUCAUGUUCAAUUUUCUGAGAUGAAAUUAGAUGAACGUCUUGGAGGAGAAAAUACAGUUAGUGUGAUUGUUGGUCACAAAACUUUGUUCCUCUACAACCUACAUGACCCAGACAAUCCAGUUGAACUAGCCUUUCAAAAUCGAUAUGGGUCGCUCAUUACAUAUCGAUGGUUUGGAGAUGGCUACAUUUUAUUGGGUUUUAGUGCUGGUUACCUUGUCGCAAUAUCAACACAUAUAAGAGAGGUGGGGCAGGAGUUAUUCCAGGCCAAAAACCACAGAGAUGGUUUAACGGACAUAGCACUGUCCUCAUCUCUUGGCCAAGUAGCAUCUUGUGGGGACAAUGCAGUAAAAGUUCAUGAUAUGAGUAAUUUGCAAGACACAGUAACUGUACAUACACUUGAUGGUGAAGGUAAUGUGGAGCGAGUUGCUUGGAGUGAAGAUGGACAACUACUUGCUGUCUCAACAAGAAGUGGAAACCUUUCGGUUUUCCUCUCAUGCCUUCCAAUGCUUGCCUCUGUAUGUGGUACGAAAAUUGCUGUUCUCUCUAGUCUGAACGAAGUCACUCUUCACUCUUACAACUUUGAAAAGGGGAAAUCUAGUUCAAUGGUAGUUCCGACUGCCAUUGAGCCAAGCUUUGUGGCUCUUGGACCAUUCCAUCUUUGUGUGGGAAUGAACAACAGAGUAUGGUUUUAUGAUUUGACGUUGCUGGCUCAAGAAGCUGGCACAGCUCCUCGCCUAUUCAAAGACAAAGAAUAUCUGGGCACAAUUAAUAGCAUGAAAUUGAAUGCUGAUUAUGCCUCAAUUUUGCAUGAAGGAAAAAUUCAACUUCAUAUGCUGGAAUCAUCAGAACAUGGAAAUGAAAAUUGCGAAACAAAGCUCUUUCCUGACUCACCAUCCCUGGAUCACAAUAUAACAUGUCACUUUCUUACGAGUGACUUUUUAAUUUAUGCCACUGACAUGGGAGAGUUAUUUUUCUUUUUCAUAGAAGACUGGAAAACUGUUGUUGAAUUUCGACAUUCUGUUGGUAUUCGUUCAAUCUUUCCAGACCUCAGUGGCACCAAAGUAAUUUUGUGUGAUGCAAAGAGUGAAGGUUAUCUGUUCAACCCUGUCAGUAAUGAUCUCAUUAAGGUACCAGAUUUUCCUCAGAGUUGUCUAGGUGUUCUUUGGGAUAUAUGGCCUGCUGACAAAAAUGUCUUUGUAGCUUAUGAUGACAAGUGUCUUGUUACUUAUGUUUACAUACCGGAGUCUGUUCAUGGAACUGUUAUUGAACGAGUUGGUGUGACAAGACUCCCAGCCAACCAAGUUCCUUUACUGCUAAACUCAGGAGUAUUAGCAGUACAAACUGUUGGUGGAAAACUUAUUCAAAUGAUAUUAAGCACACAUACCUUUCAAGAAGGAGGAUCAAAUGUGAAUACUGGUAUGCAACCUGCAGAUAUUGAAGUCUUACUGAAGAAGCAUUUGAUGUUGCGGAGGUUUAAGGAAGCUUGGAAAUGGUGCCAGCUAUUAAAUAAAAAGGAAAACUGGAUCAUGUUGGGUGAAGCUGCACUGAAGAGCCUUGAUAUUGAUACAGCUCUUCAAGUUUACCGUCACAUUAAAAAUGUUGCCAUGGUGUGGGCUCUUGAAGAGAUCCGUAACAUUGAAGAGCGCAAACUCCUUGCAGGUCACAUAGCCUUGUAUUUAUCACUUUUUGAUCUGGCUCAGGAGUGGUACUUAGCAUCAACUGACCCAGGGGCUGCACUGGCAAUGCGUAGAGAUCUUUUACAAUGGGAACAGGCAUUACAACUUGCAAGAAAUCUUGCUCCACAUCAGGUGCCUCUCAUUUCAAAAGAGUAUGCACAGCAGCUCGAAUUUACAGGUCAUUAUGUAGAAGCACUUAGCCAUUAUGAAAAAGGAUUUCUUAAUGCACAGUCAUAUGAUACUGCAGCAAAUGCCAGUACCCAAGGUUCACAAUUAAAUGAAGAAGCUAUUCAUGCACAUAAUGCUGAGUGCCGAGCUGGGGUGACUCGCACAUCUAUACGGUGUGGUGACAUACGCAGAGGUGUGGCUAUGGCAUUGGAUGUUCAAAGCAGCAAACAGUUACAAAAAGAAUGUGCUGAAAUACUUGAGAGCCAAAAGCAGCUGAAUGAUGCUGUUAACUUGUUUGAGAAAGCUGAGCUAUAUGAGAGAGCUGCUUCAUGUUACAUUCAGCUUAAGAAUUGGUCAAAAGUUGGGCAGCUUCUACCUAAAAUAUCAUCUGCCCGAAUUCAUCUGCAGUUUGCCAAAGCAAAAGAAGCUGAUCGACAAUACUAUGAAGCAAGUAAAGCUUAUGAAGCUGCUCGUGAAUGGGACAGUGUCAUACGAAUAAAUCUAGAUCAUCUGAACAACCCUGAGAAGGCUGUGAGGAUAGUUCAAGAGACUAAGAGUAUGGAAGGUGCGAAAAUGGUGGCUAAGUUUUUCCAGAAACUUAACGACUAUGAGUCUGCGAUCCGAUUUCUUGUUCUCUCUCAUUGUCAUGAUGAGGCUUUCCAGCUGGCAAGACGGCACAACCAGCUUGAAUUGUAUGGAGACAUUCUGCUUGAGAUGAGAAGAGACGUGAGUUCAGGGGCUGAGGCUCGCCCUGAUGACUACCGUAGUCUUGCUUUACAUUUUGAAAAUGAACGAAAUUACUUUCUUGCUGGAAAGUUUUAUUAUCAUGCCUCUGACUUUUCUAAAGCUUUAAAGCUUUUACUGAAAGUAGCCCAAGCAAAUCAGGAAGAUCAAGAAGCAAUACCAUUGGCUAUUGAAGCUGUUGGAGCAGCAAAAGAUGAGCGGCUGGCAACGCAGCUGAUAGAGUUUCUACUUGGUGAAACAGAUGGUGUAGCCAGGGAUGCAAAAUACUUAUUUCAGCUGUAUAUGGCUCGCCAGCAGUUCCGGGAAGCUGCUAAAACAGCUCUUAUUAUUGCUAACGAUGAGCAGGUCAAUGGCAACUACAGGAAUGCUCAUGAUGUACUUCUUAUGAUGUAUCAAGAGCUUCGACAGAGAUCAAUGCAUAUUCCUGCAGAAAUGGUCAAUAAUUUAAUGCUUCUUCACUCUUACAUACUUGUUCGCUUACAUGUUCGCCGUGGUGACCACCUGAAAGGCUCAAGAAUGCUUGUAAGAGUGGCAAGCAACAUCUCCAGAUUUCCAUCCCAUAUAGUUCCUAUAUUUACAUCAGCAGUCAUUGAGUGCCAUCGUGCCGGACUAAAAAGCUUUGCUUUUACCUAUGCUGCUAUGUUAAUGCGACCAGAAUACAGAUCUCAGGUUGAUCCAAAAUACCAAAAGAAAAUUGAGGCUGUUGUCAGGAAACCUCCAAAACGAAACAAAUUGGGUGAAAUAGAAGAAAUAGAAGAACCAGCUACUCCUUGUCCAUUCUGCAAUACUCCAUUAGCAGAGACUGAGUUAAAUUGUUCCCAUUGCAAAAACACCAUUCCGUUCUGUAUUGCUACAGGAAGACACAUAUUAAGAGAUGAUUUGACAGCGUGUCCAAGUUGUGACUUUCCCGCUAUUCGGAGUGAACUGCAUCAGAUCAUUGAGGGUGGUGAGAAUUGCCCUAUGUGCUCAGAGAAGAUAAAUCUUGAUACCUUAAGCUUGAUCCGCGAUCCUCAGCCGUAUCUGUACCCAGAGGGAGGAGAAGCUAUUCUAAGAGGACUUGAGAAGCUAUCUACCUCAGGAUAACCAUAACCCAAGUAGUAGUUCAGAGAAUGUGCACAAUCCACCAAAAAUUGUAGAGCCCCUGUUCCAAAUUUAAAGGUGACUGCCUGUUUUCUUUUUUGUGUUUCUUUUAAAAAUUAGUCUAUGUGACCAAAUUUUGAUAUGUGUGUUUGUUUGUCCCCUUUCAUUAAAUUGAUUUUGAAACACCAGAUGUGAUGAUUUUGGAGGUGCGGUUUAUCAUGAAAGGUUGUGAUGUGUUGCUUUUUAUGAUCUCCGUUCAUAUAUUUUAUAUGUUACUACUGUAUAUUUGUUAAACAUUGUUUUAUUCAUCCGUCCAUAGUUAUCUUAAUCUAUAUUUACUUGUUUAUAAAUAUUUUCCAUUUUGUUACAAAUGUUGCUUGUUAGGAAAAUGUACUUUUAUGUUAUGAUUUGUCUAUAAUUUACUCACUUUUUCCUUUGUUUCAUGUUACCAUUGAAGCAAGUGUUAUGUAUUCACAAUUUUCUUGUAAAAUCGUGAGGCGUUAAAUGAGAAAGUGCUCCACAGUCUCUCUAAUAGCUCUUAAUAUACUGAGUUUUAGUUAUUUCAAGCACUAUCUGAUGUAUUGUAUGCACUUUGCAUGCCCUAGUUUGUUAGUUAAAGCACAUUAAUUUCUAGCUUAAAUCAGGAUGGAAUAGAUGGCUUAUUGAUUUGGUUGUUACUCAAAGUUGUAGGAUUUGAGAAACGCAUUGCCUUCUCAUUGUGAUAAAGGUUCUUAAUUGAAACUGUGAUCAUUAUUACUGCAUGUGUGCAAACAACGCACUAUGUUGCAAGUGGACACUGACUGUUCAAUGCUACAAUAAAGGAGAAAAGGAA